AAUUCAGCUGAAUUCCUCUCGUCUUCCAGGCAUGCCCCGAUCGAAUUCAAGCCUUUCGGAGACUCGUGCAUCUACUUUGAGACGGAAAAACUCAGCUAUGAACAAGCCGAGAUGAGGUGUAAUCAGAAGGGCGCUACCAUGUUCGCUCCCACAUCCAUGGCACAAUGGAACGAAGUGAUGUCCAAGACUCCGCCAUAUUUCUGGACAUGGACUGGUAUCACCCAACCGACACAAAUGGAUGAGCCACAAUUCCAAGGCGGAGCGCUGAACGCUUCCUUAGUGAACUGGUUAAUUAAACCUUACUCGUCGCUUUCGAAUGGUUGGUCGACGUUCUCGACGUGCGCUGCGUACUACAACACGCAGCCUUCCUCGGCCAAUUACGUCUACUUCUAUCCGUGCACAGUACUGUAUCACUCGAUCUGUCAAAUGAAUCCCGGAGAGGCUGCUCCUCAGCCAUUCCGCCGAAAACACUUCAAGCUCCAUCGCCAAAAACUUCUUCGCCACAAAGUUCUUCGACAUAAGCUUCGACGUUAUUGA